CAUCUUGGAGAUGGGAGAGGGGCGAUGGCUGUGGCCCUUCUGCUAAUGCAAACAACCCAACAGACGCGUUAGUCACACGCCCCCCCGAGUGGAACUGCCUUCACUGAAACGAUUUACCAAAGCUACGGAAGAAGAGGGCCUUAAAACCGACAGCAGAGACACGGCGAACAGCUUCGCCCGCCUUCAGGGGCGGCCGAAGCGACAGGCCGGAGACCGGAAGGAUGGUGCAGUCCUGUUCCGCUUACGGCUGCAAGAACCGGUAUGACAAGGAUAAGCCCGUGUCUUUCCACAAGUUUCCACUGACUCGACCCAGCCUUUGUAAAAAAUGGGAAGCGGCUGUCAGGAGAAAAAACUUUAAGCCCACCAAGUACAGCAGUAUUUGUUCGGAGCACUUUACCCCAGACUGCUUUAAGAGGGAGUGCAACAACAAGCUCCUCAAGGAGAAUGCCGUGCCCACGAUAUUUCUCUGUACUGAACCACAUGACAAGAAGGAAGAUCUGCUGGAGUCGCAAGAGCAGCUGCCCCCACCUCCUUUAACACCUCCCAUUUCCCAGGUGGAUGCUGCCAUUGGGCUGCUGAUGCCUCCUCUGCAGACCCCCGACAAUCUCUCGGUUUUCUGUGACCACAACUACACUGUGGAGGAUACCAUGCACCAGAGGAAGAGGAUUCAGCAGCUCGAACAGCAAGUUGAAAAACUCAGAAAGAAGCUCAAGACGGCACAACAGCGAUGCAGAAGACAGGAACGGCAGCUCGAGAAACUAAAGGAGGUCGUACACUUCCAAAAAGAGAAAGAUGACGUAUCAGAAAGAGGUUACGUGAUCCUGCCAAAUGACUUCUUUGAGAUAGUGGAAGUACCAGCAUAGAAAGAAGUGUGUGUUAAGUUUUUGAUGGGGCAAUACCACAUAUCCUGUUUUAACCUGUAAAGGAGUUUUGUUUUAAAAAAUAACACUUGAUUAUUUGUAUAAAAGCAAUUCAGAAUAUUUUUUUAAAAAAAUAAAUUAGAUAUAUACUGUAAAAUAGUAAAAAUUUUUGUUUGUAAUGUCAGGGUUUUUACAUUUUAGCAAAAUACCUUUAAAGUUAUAAACUAGCCUCAGACUGCCAGUGCAAGUUGGUUUCAGAAUUGGAGAAUUUUGUUCUUUGAGUAUUUAUAGAAAUAAUGUAAAAAUAAGAAAACAAUGAGAAUAGUACAGUAAGAUUUAAGUUUAAAAUUUGAAAUUAAUGCUGUUUAUUGAGAAAUUUUAGUUGUAUUUAAUCAAAGAUGGAUCAGAUCAUGGGCCCUAACAUCAUAAGAUACAUAUGUAUGUAUGUACGCUCACAUGUUCUUGUUUAUGAACUCAGAAAGUUCAUCUAUUGUUCCGAAUCACUUGGCAAGUCAGUGCUUGAAAAGAUUUGAGUGUCUUGAGAGCUCAGUAGAGCAACUUUUUAAAUAUAAGAACAGAUUUUUUAAAAAGUAGGCCCCUCUCCUUUCUCCACUGUUAAGCAUCUUAAACUAGAAUCGUGUCAUCAGUGAAAGAAACAUCCUGAAGUAAGCAAAGUACAGCAUUAUUAUGAGUGAGGUAGUAAAAGUUAGGUCUGAUCCAUGAUGCUGGUUUCUCUAAUGAAGGGACACCCAGUUCCCCAGCUAUAGUUGUAUCUCCAUCUAAAUCUGUGUAACAGAGUUUGGUUUGUGUUAUCCUAUAUUCAUUUUGCAAUUAACCAGUUGAUUUUGGUUAAAACUUUCAUAAAAAAAAAUCAUCUGAACACAAGUUAGAAUUGUAUCCCACUUAUUUAAAUGAGUGAUUUAUAUUCAAAAGCAGCCUAAUGUAUGGUGUUUAUUUGCUGAAUGUUGAAACUUAAACACUGAGGUUUCUGUUCAAACUGUGAGUUUUAUUUUGACUUUGUGAGAAAUUUUACAUAUAUUUGAGAUGAAAAUACGUUCUGAGUAAGCAAAUGUUGCUACUACGGAUGACCUAUAUAGAUACAGAAUAACCAUUCCAGCUCUAAUGAUCACUUUAAUAAAUGCACUGAGAUCAAUGCAGAGUAACAGGCCUUCCAAGACAGCAUUAAAAUGUGGGAUGCGAUGUGGCUUUUUAGAUCUCGUUUUCAUUGUCAUUCACUGCCAUGCUGCUGUGGAUAGUACUUGAUUCCUGAUAUUUUAUGAACCAGUGUCUCAAAAUAGAAAUAAUGAUUAGGAUAUCAUACAGAGUAACCCAGUCUGGUAGUAUUAUUUAGAACUAACUCAGAUGAAUGCAUGUUUACUGGUUCUUCAUGAAAUUUGUAUCUGUUCAUCUCUGUAGCAAUUCGUGGAAGAUAUAUAGGUAAAUAUUCUGCCAAGGAUAUGUCUUCAACCUGCAUUCUUUCUGCAUGAAAGAUUGUGGGGUGUGUGUGUUUGUGUCUGUCCCCAGAAUUGAGAAUCCAGAGUGGGGUAUAAGUGUUAAUCCUAAUUAGAAACUACUUUGUUUUCACAGCAGACAUAUCCCCACUUGGAGAGAACUGAGCAAGGAGCAUGCCCACUGGUUGGUUUCACUUAAAUUUAACUGAAAUUUUGAAGUGCAUUUGCUUAUUUGUGAUUUGAGAUGUUAACAUUUGUUGAGUUUUAAAAAUUCAUUUUAUGUGUUUUGUUGUUUGUAACACUGCCAAGAGAAGUAGAACGUUGAGGCGAAAAUAGGUUCUGUUCAACCAUGGUGAAAUUCAGUUUGAAACAAGCAGGGACAAAGUUUUUUUCAAUGUGGAAUAAAUGGUCUUCUGUA